CGUCUGAGUCCUUGAAGUAAGCUCAUUUUCUCCUCUGACGAAGCUUACGAUUCUACUCGAAUAUAGUAAAGCAAGUAUUUUAUAAUAAUGAAGAAUAGAACACUCCCUUCAGCACAUUACUCUCAAGUCUGUGUCAACGUCUCCGUCCUCAUUCCAGGUCAUCUAUAUCUUCCACACAAAGAGGUUUUUCAAGACGCUCUGGAGAAUGGCGCCGAGACCGGUUCCACUGUCCCAACAUUCUCUUUUCUCUUAGAACAUCCAACUAGAGGUAAAUACUUGUUUGACCUUGGUUUGCGAAAGCAUGCCAAAGGUUACCCUCCGGCUUUGGACGGCAUCUUGGUUGAAUUUAAACCUAACUGUGACAAAGAUGCCUCUGAGAUCUUGAUAGAAAACAACGUCGACCCAAACGAGAUUCAAGGUAUAAUAUUCAGCCACCUUCACUUUGAUCACACGGGAGAUAUCCAGCUCUUUCCCUCGGCAGAAAUUAUUCUCGGGGGUGAAGGUGAAAGCCUUUUUGACGCGCCAACCUCGUGAGUUCCUGCCCAAUUGAGAGUUGGGGACUCAACAGCAUCGUGAUCAGAGCUCUUGAAACCCAACUCACUGUGCCUGUAGACUCAGAGGUAGAGAGGAAAGGCAACAGCUAGAUGGCUGGGCCUGGAUGAGAUACCAGAGACACCACUAUUCUGAGGAAGAUCUUCCAGCAGG